AUGUCCCAGACCAGACCCAAUGUGGCUGCUGCGGCCCCAGCCCCCUUUGUUGUUGAACCUGUCACCAUGCCGCACACGCACACCUUGAUCCUGCUACAUGGCCUAGGGUCUAACGGCGAGAAGUUUGGCCGAGAACUUCUAGAGACGGGUAUCGCCUCGGACGGCACUACACUCGCCCAGAUUUUGCCUCAUGCCAAAUUUGUGUUCCCCACAUCUCGCUGGCGACGUUCCUCUGCUUUUGGCCGGUCGAUGUUGAGGCAGUGGUUCGACAUCGCCUGCCUACCUGACCCCUCAAAACGCAACGAACUUCAGAUUAAGGGGCUGGAAGAAUCUGCCCACGAGCUCAUCGAACUUCUGCGACAAGAGCAAGAGAAAUACAACAUCUCUGCCCGCAACAUACUUCUCGGCGGCAUCAGCCAAGGGUGCGCAAUGUCCCUCUCAGUCCUUCUGAGUCUUGAUUACCCCAUUGGUGGCUUUAUUGGACUUAGUGGGUAUCUUCCGUUUCAGAACGACAUUAUUGAUACGAUGGAGGACUACGCUGCCAAGGACGAUGACGAAGACGAUUUUUUUAGCGGCGGUGACCUCGAGAAUGAGCCUAAGGACCCAGCGGUUUUGGCGGCCAUUUUUGAGCGAGACCUGCUGUCUUUCCCGCCCGCAGGCAGUCAUGCCUGCGAUAAAACUGCUGUGCUUACCCCGGUUUUUUUCGGCCACGGCACGGCAGACGAAAAGGUGCCACUGCCUCUUGCUGAGGAGAUGGCAACGACGAUGAAGAAAGCCGGCUACCGUGUGGAGCUUAAAUUGUACGAGGGUUUUGGGCACUGGUACAAAAUCCCAGACGAGAUCGACGAUAUUGUCAGGUUUAUUCGGUCGGAAACCGAGUUUGCGAGAAGCUAA